AUGGAUGAACAAGUUCAAGCCAUGAAUAUUGAAGAAAAGAGAGUUGUAGCAGAGCCUACCGAAGCAUUGGAAGAUAUUUUCUUAGAUGAAGAUAACCCUGAGAGGUGUACCAAGGUCGGAACAGAUCUAGAAGAGAAGAGGAUCCGGUUAUUUUCGCUCAAAUCUGGGCUUGAUGUAGUGAUUUUGAGCUUUGAUUCGGCGAAAUUCUGGGGAAUUAAAGCGAAUCCUAAUAAAAUUCAAGCAAUACUGGACAUGAAGCCUCCGCAAAAUACCAAAGAAAUCCAAUCCCUUACUGGACGAGUUGCUGCACUCAACAGGCAUGCCAUAAAAGCUCAAGCACUAGCAGAUUUUAUUGCGGAGUUUACCCCAAGUCAUGAUGAGACAGAAGACAGUAAGAGAUGGGUCGUCCAUGUGGAUGGUUCGUCUACAUGUAAUGCAGGUGGAAUUGGUGUGGUCCGACAAUCCUCAGAAGGAGACAAAUUGAAACAUAAGAUUCGUCUGCAGUACCAAACAAUUAACAAUGAAGUCGAGUAUGAAGCCCUCCUCAUAGGGCUAGAAUUGGCUAAGUCUGUGGAAGCCAAGUUUAUACUCGUCUUGAGGGAUUCUCAGUUGAUCAUGGGGCAAGUAAAUGGGAUGGAGGAGAACGUGGAAGCUAAUACAAUAGCAAAAGAAGCCUUAGCAAAUGAAUCGAUGGACGAAUUUGAUGAAGUUCAGUAUAUGCCAAGUAUAGAUAUCCCAGAAGUACAACAAGUGGAGAGCAGAGGAAAUUGGAUGACCCCGAUUAUAUCAUACUUGAAAGACAGACGACUACUAGAAGAGAAGGACGAAGCCAGGAAGUUGAGGGUGAGAUCGGUUAGGUACGUUCUUAUAGACGAAGUGCUGUACAAGAGAGGCUUUUCUCAACCUUAUCUUAGGUGCUUGGCUCCGGACGAAGCAAACUACGUACUGAGAGAAGUUCAUGAAGAAGCAUGUGGCAAUCACUCAGGAGCCAGGUCACGCGUCCACAAGGUCGUUCGUGCAGGGUAUUAUUGGCUAAAUAUGCAAGCUGAUGCUAAAGCAUACGUCAAGGUUUGCGACCAAUGCCAACGGUUUAGUAACGUCCCCAGACAUCCAUCAGAGUACCUCACCCCGAUGAUGGCACUGUGGCCCUUUGCACAAUGGGGACUAGACAUUUUGGGUCAUUUCCCUCUGGGCACAAGGCAGAUGAAGUUUCUAGUGGUGGGCAUCGAUUAUUUUACCAAAUGGGUGGAAGUUGAACCGUUAGAAAAUAUCACACAACAAAAUGUAAAAAAUUUCGUGUGGAAGAGCAUUGUGUGCAGAUUUGGAGUGCCCAAGACUCGGCUUGAGGGGGUGAAGGGAAUAUGGCCAGACGAGUUACCAGGUGUUCUAUGGGCAUUCAGGACCACAGUGAGAACCCCUACGGGGGAAAUUCCUUUCAAACUAGCUUAUAGAAGCGAAGCAGUUAUACCUGCAGAAGUACAUAUGGCUAAUCAUAGGAUGAUGAUGUAUCAAGACAAGGAUAAUGAAGAGCAACUCUGUUUGAGCCUCGAUCUGAUAGACGAGGUAAGGGCAGAUGCGGAGCACAGGGCAGCAAAGUACAAGAACCUCAUGGCUAGGCAGUAUGAUGCAAUAGUGAAGUCAAGGUGA